AUGGUCGUCGACUGGCAAUCACGUGCGGCCGCGAAACGCGAAGCCAUCUUGAAGUCGAUCCCGGAAAAAUGGCGGCUAGCAAAGAUUCCCUCGGCUGGAGAACAGAAGGAUAUCACUGGUCCUUAUAUUCGUCAAUUCCUGACUGACAAAGAAGUUGAAAUCACUGAAACCGAUGCUGUUGGAAUCGCCGAGAAAGUCGCAGCAGGAACAUGGUCUGCAGUUGCCGUGACGGAAGCGUUCUGCCAUCGAGCAUCUCUGGCCCAUCAACUAGUCAAUUGUCUACAUGAGACAUUCUUCGACGCUGCGUUGGCCUCGGCCAAGGAGCUCGACCAGUACUACGCUCAACAUAAAAGGACAAUCGGGCCAUUGCACGGCGUACCCGUAUCCUUGAAAGAUCAAUUCCACGUUAAGGAUGUCGAGACCACCAUGGGCUAUGUCGGCUGGAUCGACACCUUCGAAGGGGCGACAGGCGAUCCACGCGCAAAGACGUUUGAGAGUGAAAUGGUCAGAGAACUAAGGGCUCUCGGGGCGGUCCUGUACUGCAAGACCAGUGUGCCGCACACACUAAUGUCUGGCGAGACGAUCAACAACAUCAUCGGCUACACCUGGAACCCCAAGGACCGCUAUCUCUGUUCCGGCGGCAGCUCGGGCGGCGAAGGAGCAUUGAUAGGGCUCAGGGGUUCCCCCGGAGGAUUCGGCACCGAUAUUGGUGGAUCGAUUCGCAUCCCAGCAGCAUUCAACGGACUUUACGCCAUCCGACCGAGCUCAGGGAGACUUCCGUACGAAGGCAUGGCCAACAGCAUGGACGGUCAGAACAGCGUCUUGUCGGUCGUCGGGCCACUUGCCACGACUGCGCGGUCUACGAAGCUCUUGACCAAGGCCAUACUGUCAACGAAUCCCUGGCUUCACGACCCUCUGGUCGUCGACAUGCCUUGGCGCGACGAUCAAGAACAAACCAUUGUCGACCUUCUCAAGUCGGCCUCCUCUUCGGCUCAGGGCGGCCAACUCAGCUUCGGCGUGUUGAAGUCGGACGGCAACGUCAACCCCCAACCGCCCGUCGCGCGAGCCGUGUCCAUGGUCGCCGAAGCACUGAGCAAGGCAGGGCACAAGGUGAUCGAGUGGAAGCCCCCGUCGCACGCGAGGCUGUUGGACAUUGUCUUUCACACGUGGAUCUACGACGGCGGCAAGGACGUCCACGAGGCCUUUGGGCUGUCCGGCGAGCCCAUGGCGCAGCAAGUCAAAAUGUCCUACGGCGAGAAGCCGGUGCAGGAAUAUACGGCGUCACAGAUCGCCGCCAACAACGUCGCGAAGCGCAAGUUCCUGAAGGAGUACAUGGACUAUUGGAACGGCACGGCGCGAGAGUCCGGGACCGGCAGGCCCGUCGACGGCUUCAUCUGCCCCGUGGCCCCGUACGCCGCAGCUCGACCCGAGAAGUACCUGUAUUACGGGUAUUCCUCGUUCGUGAACGGCCUGGACUACACGAGCGUGGUGGUGCCCGUGACGACCGCGGACAAGACCGAGGACCACUACCCGCAGGGGUACUCGCCAAUCUCGGACCUCGACAAAACGACGUUCGACGAUUACGACGCGGAGAUAUAUGACGGUGCCCACGUCAGUGUACAAAUAGUGGGGAGGAGGUUUACCGAAGAGAAAAUGCUCGCCAUUGCCGAAUAUGUGGGUGGGCUUCUUGGAAAAUAGGACCGCGAAGCUACUAUAUAGGGCUUUAUUCCUUUGCAAGAAUGUGUACCUGGAGGUAGCAGAUGUUCUCGUAUGAUAUGAUGUGAUAUGAUUUUCCCGGGUACAAUUGUGAGUCUAGGUAUGAACAGGUAGUCCAAGGGAGGUCAUUUAGUG